AUGCCUGAAGAUUCCUUUUCUUACUUGCCACACUAUUGUGCCGAGUUAGAGAAGAAUAAUCCUGGUUCGAUAACUUAUAUAGAGUCCGAUCACGAGAAAAAGGUUAAAUAUUUUUUCAUGGCUCUCGAUGCUUCGUUACGAGGAUUUCAGAGUGCAAUGCGACCUGUCAUCGCCGUUGAUGGUACUCACCUAAGGGGCAAGUACAUGGGCACGCUCUUUGUUGCCGCUGCUCAAGAUGACAACAAGAAAAUUUAUCCAGUGGCUUUUGGGAUUGGAGAUUCAGAGAAUAAUGCAUCUUGGGAAUGGUUUUUCGAGAAAUUGCGAGUUGCACUUGCACUUGAAGAUUUCUCAAAACUAUCAUUGAUAUCGGAUAGGCAUAAAAGUAUUGAGAGAGGUGUUUCACUUGUAUUUCCGGAAUCUUAUCAUGGGCACUGCAUGCACCAUGUCAAACAGAACAUGAAGGCCAAAAAAAUUGAUGAUGUCGUGUUUCCCAUAUAUUUUAAGGUAACAAAGGCUUACCGUAUUUCAGAUUUUGAACAUCUAAUGACACAGAUCCGUGCUUUUGAAGGUGGCAAGGCAUAUAAAUAUCUAGAGGAUGCCGGAUUCGAUAAGUGGUCUCGUGCACAUUUUCCCGGAUAUAGGUAUAGUAUACUCACUACCAACAUUGCAGAAAGUAUGAAUGAUGCACUACGUGAUGUGCGGGGUCUUCCAAUAACAGCGUUGGUUGAGCAAUUGAGAUCCUUAAUUCAAAGGUGGCUUCAUGAGCGUCGUACAAAAGCGGCAUCCAUAACGUCCCAAUUGUGCAAGAAGGUUGAGAAAAAAAUGACAAAGCGAAAUGAAAGGGCUUUACGUAUGUUGGUUGAACCAAUAAGUCAUAUCGAGUUCUAUGUACAGGAUGGCUUCGAAGAUGGCGAGGUGAACUUUCAUGACAAAACAUGCACGUGCAGAAAGUUUCAAAUGCAACAAUUGUCGUGCAUUCAUGCAUUGGCUGCUUGUCGAUUUAGAAAUGUCACUGUACAUUCUUUGUGUUCACGGUAUUACACCAAUGAAGCUAUUAUGGUGGCUUAUGCAGAACUGAUAUACACAGUAUCUCUUGAAAAUCAACGCAUAGCAAGCCAAGAUAGAGUUUUAUUACCGCCAGAUACAAGACGAUCGAGAGGGAGACCAAGAGAGCGAAGAAUACUAUCAGCUGGUGAAACAGUGGCAGUUAGACUUUGUGGACGAUGUGUGAACAAAUGCUUGACUAAAGAAAACAUAUGUGUGACUAAGAAAAUACAUGCUCGACUAAAGAACAUGAAUGCUCGGCUAAAGAAAACAGAUGAUCGACUACAGAACAUCAAUACUCGACUAAAGAAAACAGAUGAUCAACUAUAG